GUCACCGUACUGCAACCUACUGCUUGUAAAAUGCUGAACAUGAAGCGUAUAAUGUCACAGUCCAGUCAGUAAUCUUGAGUACUGGUGAACAGACAAAGCAGAUGACGGCUAUCAUAUAAAAUGAUUAUAUAGACACGUAUAAAGCCUAUCCGUUGAAGUUGUUUUGAGAAGGUGGAGCGAGGCGGACGUGCUGCGAAAGCGAAAGGGGGGUUUGUCUCAACCGUGCAGCCGGUGGGCCGGGCAGGAAGUCGUCCUCACUCGGGCCCCCUGGCCGUCGGCGUCGUACGCGCACGGUGAAGCGAGCGGCAUGGCGGAAGGGGAGAGCGACUCGGAGUCCGAAAGGCUCGGAGAACAGCUGGAUUGCCUGCAGGUUCGCCAGCCGGAGUGCGAGAGCUACUGCUCCGGCUUCUGCGAGCUGGUGACAGAGCACACGGGCUGUUGGCGUGUACCGCUGCCUCGGCUGCAGGUGCUCCGGACAGCCCUGUGCCGCUUCUGCCUCUCUUCCGACUCGUUUCCCCCGGGGUGCGAGCCUGUGCACUGUACCCUAAGCAGCCUCGCCCUGAGCUUCUUUGAACUGCUGCUGUUUUUUGGCAAAGAAGAGUUCCUCGAGUCUCCUUUAAGAGACAUCCUCAACUCAUUUCAGGAAUGUUACUCCCACCUUGCCAGGCACCACAAUAUUUACCUGUUGCUUGUCAGGCAGGUCAUUGAAGGUGGUGGGCCUUGGGAGCACCCGGUUCUCCAGGCCAUUCUGAGGGAGGCAGAACAGCCCCAGGCAGAGGUGGAGAAGUACUUGAGCUCUGAAGUUCCCAUCUUCUUUGAGCUCCGCGUUCGUUACCUGCUGGCCUGCAGCCAAACCCAAGAGGGCAUUGCCUUGGCCAAGUGCUGCUCAGAGCAUCCAGAGCUGGGGAAGCAUCUCUACUUCCACCAGGUCUACUUGACGUGUCUCUGGAAAGCAUCUCACUACGACCAUCUUCAGAAGGGGAUCGCACUGAUAGAUGGGAGAGACGCUGUGGAAAUUAUCUGUAGCUGUGAGAGUGAGGAGAAGGAUGAGUUGCUGUUGGCUCUCUCUAAAGCCUUCCUAACUCAUCAGCUCAGGAAUGGCGACAUGUACUAUCUAUGGGACCUCAUUUUCAUAUGGAGCAAGUUGCAUCUCAGGGCAAACCCUUCUAAGAGGGACUUCCUUGAGGAAUGUCAUCAGCUGAUAUCUUUGGCGACAAAUGUCAGGUCCAUCUUCCCGUUUAUGAAAAUCAUCACAGCUGAGCUGGGGAAUGAAGGCUUGCACUUCUGCAUGGAGCUGUGUGCUCGGGCUCUUCAAAUGGACCUCCACGAUGAUCCCACCGCCACCUGUCUAAUCUACAAGACCAUCGCCUAUUUGCUGCCCAAUGACCUGGAGGUCUGUCGCGCUUGUGCCCUCUUGGUCUUCUUCCAGGAACGCACUGUAGAGUCCUAUAAGACUGUGUACCUUCUCUACACCCAUCCAGAUCAGGAGUACCAUGUGGACUUCAGCCCAAUAAAAAACCAAAUGCGCUUCGAAAUCCUCCAAAUAUUGAAAAAGGGACUGUUUUUUGACCCUGAGUUUUGGAACCUUAUCACCCUGAGGACGAACUGCUUAAAGCUAAUGAGUGAGAAGGUCAUGAAAGCUGCUCUGAAUGAAAUUAUGGAGGAAGACAAGUGGAUACCAAAUUACUGUGAGAAGGAGUCACAUAAAUUACAUUACGACUCAUCAGAGCUGUACACCAGAAAAGUAUUCCAGCAGCCUGUCAAGAACAAAAAUAAACCUGUCAUGCGUCGAAUAGUUGUGCCUCCUGAAGUUACAACAGUCUCUCGUGUAAAAAGAAGGGGAAGGAAACCAGGGUCACGUGUUAUAAAGGUAAUUGAUGACCCACAAAGAAGAUGCUCUGACAGAUCACUUGACAUAACUCAGGAAAAUCUUGUCAAACCUUAUGGCAGUAGUUACCUAACUAGAUCAGCUGGUAAAAACGCUGCAAAACGACGUGGCCGGAAACCACAUUGCUUUCAGGAAGGAUCUGUCGAGGAGGCGCAGAAGUCGUCCCCUAACCCAGUCGAAUGUCUUGGUGACAAAACUGAGUCACUUUCAGUGGAAGAUACAGUUCUGGAAAACACAACAGUGGAAAUGGACCAAGGACAAGAGAUAUCCCAGGUGCAGACAGAUACCCAAGCGACUUGUCUUUCAGUGACAGAAGUAGCAUGUGAAGCUGUACAGGAAACAAUACUAGAGACCUUGCCUCUCCCAGAUGACCCACCUGUGUCUUGUGAUCAUGAUGUUAUGGUGGAGGCCUCCUUUCCUGACAAUGUAGUGUCAGAUGCUCAUUUCAGUGAGCAAGUGCUAGAGCCUACAAGCACACCUGAGCUUAACUUCAGUAUGGAAGUAUCCGCUGGGGCUGAGGAGUUUCCCGUUAAGUCACUAGAUGAACUACAGUCUACUAGCACAUCUCAACCUGACUCCAGUCUAGAAGUAUCUGCCAUAGAGGAGGUGGUUGGCGAUAAGUCGCUAGAAGUACUGCAGUCCACCACCACAUCUCAUCCAGACUCAAUUUUAGAGGCACCUGCCAAGGAAGAGAUAAGCUUCCAGGAACUUGAAGAACAUUGUGAAAAGGAAGGUGACUCUCCUGUAGAGCCUCUGGAUGAAUUGAAGUCUUCUGCUCCGUCUUGUGCCAAUAAGCCAAAUACAUUUUGGAAGGCUGCUGUCAAUGUGAAUAAUGCUACCAUUUUGCAGUUGCACAACUAUUGCAAGAUUCUGGAGGAAGCUGUUGAGGAUGAUUCUGAAGUCAUAAACGAUGCACCAUCAACAUUACCCUGUGACCUGGCAGAAGAUUACCCUGAAUGCACAGGCUGUUCAUUGGAGGUGCUUGUAGAAAAUAAUACUUUGUGUGGGUGUACUGUGCCAGAAAGAGAGGUUUUCCUGCAGAAGUCACCAGAAGCUACGGUUCAUUCAUCCUGUGAUGCCGGAAUCGCAAAGCCAGAAUGUACUGUAGACGUUUUUGUAGAAACUGGAACAUUUACUCAAGGUGACACUGUACAACCAGGGACAGUUGAAAUGGUGGUAGAGGAGAUUGUCACUGACAGUGUAAUUGCAGUUGCUGAUGACACGCUUUACAUUCAUGCUGGUGAAAAGGAUAUUCCCAGCGACUAUUCGACGACUGCUCAUAACACAGCUGGUGCUUCCGAUAACACUAUCACUGUUGCUGAUAACGCGUUGGUCUCUGAUGGCACUAACCACGUUCACAUCAAUGAAAGAGCUAUCUCUAACGAAACUGUUACAGAACGUAAUGCGACUCAUGUCUCUACUGAUAUGGAGCUCUCAGUAGUUGGUCUUGAACAAAAGCAAGUGCAAACCUCCGCCUUGGAAGAAACUAGAGAGACCGUUUUAGUAAGUGAAUCGGAAGCUCUGUUGGUGGAUGGUCAUGUUAAAGCUGAGAAUCCUGUCAUAAGUCAUUAUUGUGAACUGUGCAAUAAGAAUUUCAGGGGUGGUAAUAUAAUCUUACAUGCAGUUGCUCACCUACAAAAGGACAAACUGAAAUGUAUGUUUUGCGGAAAAUUGUUUAAUCGCCGUCUCAUAGCAAAAAAACAUGUGUUGGAACAUAUCGAGAAGCUGAAAAUUACCUCUGUGCAUGGAAAUGGGCUUUGCGAAGCUUUGUCAUAUACAGAACAGUCGCCUGAAAAUGAUAAGCACAAAACCAAGUCUGCCACAAGAAUACCAUACAGGAUUUCCACACGGCAGAGGAAUGUCAGCAAGGAGCUAGCAGGGCCAAAGGUGUCCAGAAAAAUGUCAAGUUCCAGAAAAAAGAAACCUAUAACUGACAGACAGCACAGUAUUCCUUUGCGCAAGAAGAAUGUUGGUAAAGUACAAUUGGACCAGAAGAUGCAAGGAAAACUCUCAAAUCCCAGGAAAGCAAGGUCUGUGGACAAUAAGAAGAUAAUGAAUGAAAAUGAGAGUGGAAAGCCUAGACACCAUUGUCCUGCAGGUGGAUGUACCAAGACCUCUUUCAGAAAUGAGUCAUCUCUGCUCAGACAUGCAAUGAAAUUGCAUCCAGUGGACACGAAAGUGCUGGAAUAUAUCUUCCGAAGGAGAAACGGAAAGUGCCAGUUUUGCCAAAGAGAGUUUAAGAGUUUGGAGCAUUUCCAGCAUCACGUUAAAAGGCAUGAACACCCUCUGAAACAUGCAUGCUAUCAUUUUGACUGCAUGCACCGUUUCAAGACUCGUGCCGAGCUCAGGGAUCACAUGAAGAGACACCGGCCGCUUCAAGCGCAGUGUGACUUUUCUGGUUGCUCACAGCGCUUCUGCCACCUUGCCAGGCUGCAUCAUCAUGAGCAGAAGCAUUACCUGCCUCCUCUAGAAGACCACAAUGCUGGUGACUGUAACAUCCAGACUGAAGAAAAAUGCAUGGCAACUGUGAGUGAACCAGGGUGUGAAUCACUGAACAGAUCAGCAAAGAAGCAUGUAAGUUGUCCAACUGGCAACGGUAUUACGAAUGUUGGUGAAGAAACGAUUUCACUUGGAAUUCCAGAAAAGCAUGACGAUGUUCAUGUAGAUGGAACUGCCUCAAACAAGCAGCUUGUGAAUGGACAUGCCACAAAUGGGGACUGGGUUGCUGUCGUUUCCACUCAAAGUCCGCUAAACGCUAUGUGCCCCGAAGGACAAAGAGACCAGGAGAUUCAGACGAACAAUAAUGUAAAUACAGAAAGCAAUGGAAAACCAGAAUGUACCACGGAGGGAUGGAAAAAGGAGACGUCUCACACAGCCCCUUCCUAUGGGAAGACGUCUAACAAGCCUUUUGUGCGUCCACCGCCGACUGCCUAUCUAGAUGAGCGACACACUAGCAUGCCCAAGAGGAGGAAGUCCUCGGAUGUGCAUCCACCAUCGUGUGAAGAAGAGAGCAGUCCAAGCCACAGCACUCAGAGGCAGCGAUGUACUAACUGCUUCUCCUCUUUCCCAAGUGCUGAAGCAUUGCAGAGCCACCUCUCUUCCAGCAAGUGCAAGUCUCUCUUUGGCUUUGAUUCUGAUGAUGAAAGUGCCUGGUAGAUAGAAAUAUGGAACGUGGCGAUAUCUGGUUUCCAAGAUGCAGAGGUGAUGGAAGAAUCUACUUGUUCCUGUGAACUUUGAUUGGGCAGCUGUCUGCACACUCCAUCUGCAAAGCUAAAGUCAGGAGAGAUUCAGAUGGCACCUUAGAAGGGGUUUAUAAUACUGAAGACUGACAUGUGGGAACAGUGAGACUGCAAAGAGCACAUUUCAUGACUGCCUCUGGGAGGCACUAGGUGUGUGCGUGUGCGUGUGCGUGUGCGCGUGUGCGUGUGCGUGUGUUUUUUUUUUUUAAUCCCCCUCCCCCCAAAAAAAAAAAAAAAAAAAAAACAAGCAUUCAUUUGCCAUUUUCAGUGGAAGGAACAGCAUAUAUAUGGUUAAUCCCUCACUUAAAAGGACAUAAGAAGUAACUGGAACAACCUGGUCAACUUCAUGCAAAGAUGUUUUCUAAAGGGUCAAAAUAAGACAAUGUUAUUAAAAUAUGUGAUGGUUCCAGUGUGUAGGUUUAAAAAGGGGACAAUUUGCAAUUUAGAGGAACCCUUGUAAAGAGAAUUUGGUGUGAACCCAGUGUUUAUCCUGCUGUUCGACUAACAUUAAAGCAUUUCUUUUUAUGUCCAUUUCUUUGUUUUGACUGUUCAGUAUUGGUUUACCUUUUGUUGCUCUGUAGGUUCUGCAUGUAUAACUGGACUGUGCAGUUUUUGGACAAAAAAAGCAGAAUCUUUCAUUGCCUUUCUUUUCAAUCAUUUCAUAAUAUUAAUAGAAUUUCUAUGUUGCAGCAGAAUAUUCCAGGUCUUCUAAAAUAAUGGGAGCUAUUGAACACUAAUUGAAUUCAAUGCGUCUUGGGGUUUGAACCGAUUUUUCAUCUUUUGUUUUUUAAUAAUGUACAGUUGUGUUUUUUAUGGAAGUGAAUUAGAUUCCCAAAGUUGGCAAAUAAUUGUAUUUUUCUGAGUUCUUUUUAAAUGGUCAAAUGUGCAUUUUAGCAGAGAUUUGUCCUAACAACACUACUUUUUCGUAGUUUCUUUUCUGGAUUUGUCAAAGAAUAGAUGUCAACGGGCUGAUGCUGCUUCUAAGAAGUGACACAUUAAUAAAAACUCCAAACUCAAUAAAUCCUUCA